CACAACUUUAACCUCCUUUAACAUACUGUGUUCAUAUUAGUUACAUGACGUAAAAAAAAAACGAGUCAUAAUGUAAAAAUGCUCUGAAAAUCACUUCAAACAUUGACAUCUAAUACCCAAGCAAAUAUCUGACACUGCCAGCAGUAUAACUCACUUUAAAUAAAGAGUGAAUCUCUCAAAUAUUAACGAAUUUUAUUUCUUUAUGCCAUCUAUAACCAUUAAACCCUUCUUUGCGCCCAAAUGAGAAAUCAUAAAUCCGUGCGUGUCCGUUUGAUUUUUAAGAUGCCUCCAAAACAAGAUGUGCAUUGUUGAAGUUGGGGCCCAGGGUAGAAUCACAGACGCUUUUGUUCGGGGCUCCCCGUUCCUGCGAAGGCCUGCUGUCGAUCAAGAAGCGAGCGUCCGCCCCCAUCGGCCCUUUCACUGCUGCAGCUGGCUGCCUCUCGCUGCUCGCCGUCUGCUCACUGCAAUCUGUGCUGGAGAGGCCAGAGGAGCUGCAGCUUCAGUAUUAAACCCGGCCUACACACGCUUAUGACGCUCGCCGCCAAAGAACACAAAUAAGACGAGGUAAGCCCGAGCGCACCGGCACGCGCGACUUAAAUACAAUCUAUAUUAUGUAGUCGCACCGCUUAAGAUGAUCUCGAUCCGCGAUGGUUAAAUCGCAGCGCGGUCGAUUUCGAAAAGCGGCAUGUUUGCGGAAGUGAUCGUGCGGUCCAUGUUUUAGCCGCCCCUGUUAUUUGCCUUUACAUGUCAUGUGUGUGUGUCUCCAAAAUAUAUUUCACUCUCACGUGCAUUUUGUCGACACGGUAAGCGUUCGGAAACGUUGAAGAUGCUGUUUGGGUUGGCGAAGUUGACUAGCCAGCGGACCCGUUUGAAAAAUCAAAAUGGCUUCCAUCUUUGUCGUCUCGGCAGAGAGGUUUAUACCUUUGUUUCCCCGUCUCGCAUGUCAGGGAGUAUUAGCGCACUUUUUGACCACGUCAGUGCGGUGGGGGAAGGGAAGUGAGUCGGUCUGGGUGGAGCCUGUAUGAUACGUUCACUGUGGAUCAAUUAUCCAUUGCCCCCUUCGCUGUAAGUUUGAUUUAGUUUAGCCUCCAGCUACUAGGAGAAUUGUUCACUGAUCUUUUUCUCUUCAUUCAUUUCUCUUGAUUAGUUAUGUGCCACCACUUGCAAUGUAGCAUUCCAGUUUCCUCAAAUGCAAAGUGUUAUACGUAAGAGCACAUGGAGAUCUCCUGAACAUCUUUCUUGAUAUAGAGUGCUGCAGGAAUCCCCUGUUUUUGUAGGGUGAUCUAGAAGCUGUCAUCCUACUGGUUGCCUUGAGUGGGAGGGAAAGCAAAUAGGAUAUUCCCGCUGACUUCUGGAUAAGUGCAAAAAAAUAUGUGAACGGUGAAAAUGUAUAAUUCACUAUUAUAAUCUUUAAAAAUGAUCGCAACUUUGAUGUCUAAAUGUAAUUUGCUGAAAUGUAUAAAUAAACUAUGCCACAACCGCAGGACACCGUCAUCACCACUGAGUUUCCGCCAAAUCUUUUAAUCUGUAAAGGCAACAGUUUGGAAAGUUUGAAUAUUUUGCAAAAGCGUGAGCAUAAACACAGCAGGGCUGUAAAAGUAGAUAUUCGCCUUAAUUCAGUUUAAUGUCCCAGUUCCAUUCAGAACCGUUUCGAGAUUCAAAAAAAAAUAAUGACUGGAAUUUUAUGUUGUAGAGUAAAAAACGCAAAGUAUAUUGCGCUUGUGUUAAUCACGGACAUUAUUUCAGGUAUUUAUUCAAAAACCCACUGCCUUCGGGACGGCAGGACCCGAGGUUCAAAAAAUCUCAUCUCGUUUCCCAGUUUUAGGACUCAUUUCUUGCAGCACUCUAUCAUUAACUGAAUGCAGUGCCGGUGUACGAAAUGUUGGUUGUAGUUUUAGUUGCAGCGGAUGUGUGUCAGCUUGCACUCUGGUCUUUUUUUCAACAGUGCUGGGAUGUCACCCAUGCUUCAGGUAGGCACACCACCAUGCCCUUAAUAUCUGGUUAACAGUGUGGUUAUGGGUUUAAAGUACUUGUGUGUGAUCUUGGUUAACUGUCAAGCAAAUCAUCUCCAUUAUGUUAAGUCAUCCCUCUUAACAUGAAAUGACUUUGCAAUACAUGUGGUGGUUUUUUGUGUGCUUGCACUCAAUGGAUUUGUUGGUUUGCUUGUUUUGCAUAGAGUUUGAUGUGUGAAAUGUAACUCAUUACCAUUGUUUAGCUACCGUCUUAUGUCUUCCCCACCUUUCACCUACCCACCAGUAUAUGUAGCCGAUCAGAGGUCCCUGUGCCCCCUCCCUACUCCUCCCAACAUACAUACACACACACACACACACACAGUCACAUACACGCUCACAAACACUCAGUCGGUCAAGAGCUAGUGUGAUGACAGAUAAUGUGCUUUGUCAUGCUGGUUGGUGUCAUGUGUUUUUCCUAUACUGGAUGCAUGUUUGUUACUUUUAGGCUCCUGUAAUCCUGGUUGGCUGGCCACGGAGACAGGGAGUCCUCGUCUCAGUACUGUGGCUCUCCACAUUAGACUUUCUGUUUGGGGUAUCUACUUUCACCUCCAUUUUUAUCUAUUUUCAAAGGAUUGAAGCACAAUUCCAACAUUUUUAUUAGCUAAAUCACUCAUUUGAUAUAGUGUGAGUUAAUGUAUAUUACUUUAAUAAUCUUAAAAAUCCCAUCAUUUACAAAGAUCUACAUUGUAAAUACUUUAUGCGGUUAAGAAUUGACCAUGAAUGCAAAAUGUGAUUUUUUUUUUUUUUUUUUUUUUUGCUUCAAAAUAUUGUGUUGUUCUGAAGCAUAGGAGUUUAUUUUUUUCUUCUGAAAUAUUUUUUAAUUAGACUAAAGCAUUUUUUGACCCAUAGUCAGUCAUAUUAGACUGUUAUCAAGGUCUAUUAUAGUAUUCUAAUUAUCCAUUUUAUUUUUGUAUACCUAGACAUUCAUGGCAAAUGAUUCUAUACAAUCUAAAUGUUCUAAAAGAAUAAUUUAAGUCUGAAUUUGUUUGUAUGUUUUUGUUAGACUGAAAGCACUCAAAUGUGCUUUCAUAGAAUUGUACAUGAUUUUCCUCAAAUUUAUUCUUUGUCAAUUUGUAUUGGUUUUAUAUUCUAGUUUCGAUAUUGCAACCAUUAUUAUUUUUUUACUUUAUAAUGUAAAGAGAAUUUUUACGUAUCUAAGAAACUGGGUAAGGAUUGAUUUUGACUUUGAAUAGAACUGGAUGAAUGUGAACUGACCAUCGCUAUGCCUUUUUUUCUUUUCUGUAGGCUAAACAUGUUCUCCAAGGGCACCAAGCGUAAGUUUUCCGAUGGUGAUGAAGAGAUAUCCGACGAAAGCCUGGUAGGUGCCAGGGUGGCAUCUUCGUACAGCUUGCAACGGCAGUCGCUGCUGGACAUGUCCCUCAUUAAGCUGCAGUUAUGCCACAUGCUGGUGGAGCCCAACCUCUGCCGCUCGGUUCUCAUUGCCAACACAGUCAGGCAGAUUCAGGAGGAGAUGACCCACGAUGGCAGCUGGCAUAUGGUGACUGAGGCGUUCUGCGGUCCAGGACAGAGUCCCUCCGAGCGCUUGGUGGCCACUGAGGUCCUCUGCAGGUCGCGAGAGCAGGAUGCAGAACCUAAACUGUUUUCUGUCAUCAGCUAUGAAGGUUGCCGUGAAGAGGAGGUGGUAGCUGAUGAAACGCUGUGCUCCGUUUCUGUUAGCGAUACUGUCUCUAAUGUGUGCCUGGCAGGGCGUAUGGGCCAGUGCUGGGAGAAGAGUGAGCUCAGUGGUGUAGAGAGGGAUGAAGAGGCCCUUGAAGACUCUAGACUUGGUUCAGGAGAAGACGAGGAGAUAGACGCAGAGGACGGGGCUUCUACAGAGAGUCCAAAGACCAUUGGACAAGUUUUUGGGACAUUUGAAAUAAAAAAUGGUUCCUCGGGUCCAGACUCUGCUCUCGAGGAGCUGUUCUCAGAUGUGGACACCUCUUACUAUGAUCUGGACACCAUGCUGACCGGCAUGCAGAGCGCACCCAAGAUGGGGCCUUAUGACAUCCUUGACAGCUUGGCACCUUCACACAGUUCCCCUUCCAUAGUAUCAACCCCGAACUGUCGUUCUGAUCUUAAUGAAUUGGAUCACAUCAUGGAAAUCAUUGUAGGUUCUUAGGUUCGACCUUAUUCAGAGACUUACACGCUUGUCUUAAUGUUACUGGCUUUUCUGUUCUUUAUGGAAAGCAAGUAAAGUCUGGAGUCCUUUCAGGAAAAAGAGUUGAUGUCUUUUGAAGGAUGGCCUUGAUUUUAUGAGCUGACCAUAGUCAUCUUAUUUGCAUACCCUUUGUAUGUUUUAAUGAUUUUUUCUGUAUUUGUCUGUCCAGACAUGCUGUUUUUUUUUAUUUAAUUUAUUUGUUAUACUCAUGACACUACAGAGAGCAGAACAAGAUGUAUACAAAAGUUGUAAAGCUUGGGAUAUUUUCAUAAGGAGACAAAAGAUUGUCUAAAUGUGUAUAUAAAUUAUAUAUAUUUUUUACAAUAGAUUCUUCUUGUAAUAUGUUACUGUACAUUAUGUACAUGUCUACAAAUUGAUUUUAACCGAAGAGAUUAGAUUCUUAUGUGCAACAACAAGUUUUCUGUUUUUCAAACCCCAUAAACUGAAGGAACUUAAUCUAGUACUACAAUAUACAAAAGCCACCAAGUAUACAUACAAUGAUGCAUGUUUUACAUUUAUGUGCUCAUUUGCACAAAGUAUUUUUUUUUUCCUCUCAAGGUUUGAUUGCAGUUGGCUGUCAAUCAGCUCAGCCGUAGGUUUUGUUUGUUGUUAGACUUCAAAGUUCUUAUAUUUUGUCUUAUCAACAAAUGAAGUAUAAUGGGGCCAACCCAUUUUAUAUUGUGACUUAAUUUAUUUAAUUUAUUUACUGCAAACGGUGAGUGUUGGCUGUGGUCAAACUCAGGGUGGGUUUUUAUCUCUAAAGGAUUUAAUAGGCCUGAUUCACAAAAGCCUUUUGCACAUAGUAAAUCAGAAUUAGUACUUUGUGAAUUGUUUUGCACCAAUUAUCGGUUUAAGCAUUAGUUUUAAAUAACUGUUUUAAUAUUGGUGAUUGGCUUAAGGAUAUCAGUCUAUUAGUCCUCUGGACCCCUCAUAAUGAGAAGGCAUUUGUCAAGUUCUAUGCAUUGAGUGUCAUAACACACUUUAUACAUAUGAAGUGUUUAAAAUGCGUUUAGUACAGUAUUCUUCUUUCUUUUUUUUUUUUUUUUACUUAAGAAUCAGUCAACAAGAAACGGUUUUAUUUCGCUCAAUAUGUUCCCCCAGUUGUUACAUAUAUAUUGUUUGGUUUUUGUCAAAUUGUUUGCAUAAACUAUGUUUGUGCGAAUUAUAGGUUAUUACACUUUGAUAAUUGUUUUCUUCUACAUUGUGUCACACUUAAAUUCUAAGAGGAUGUUGUUUAUUGUAUGAUCUUAAACUAGUAUAGAGUAUAAACAUUUUAUAUGAGCAUUGUAGCUUUUUUAACGUUUUUUAAUAAAAAGGUACAACUUAAGAAAA